CUAUCAAUACAAGUUCGUAUAGUCUGUGAGUUGUAAAUUUUGUGCAACAGCUGGGAAGAUGAGGGGCGUCCUAUUUGGAGCAUUUUCACUAUUUCUAUGCGUCUCGUGUUCUGCUGACAAACUGGAUUAUGUGCCGGAUGUUGUUCCUCAAGAACCAUCAUCGGUUUUAAAUGUUCACUACGGAAAACAUGCUGUAGAAAACGGCAAUCAGUUGACGCCUACUGAUGUAAAAGACCAUCCGUCAGUAACGUGGGACGCGGAGAAAGAUACCUAUUAUACUCUUGCGAUGACGGAUCCAGAUGCGCCGAGCAGAAAAGAUCCAAAGUUUCGGGAAUUUCUUCACUGGCUCGUGGUAAAUAUUCCCGGAAACGACAUUGCCAAGGGGGAAACACUGGCAGAAUAUGUUGGAUCUGGGCCGCCGCGUGGAACUGGCCUACAUCGCUAUGUAUUUCUCGUGUUCAAACAACCAGGAAAGCUCGAUUUCGACGAAGAACCUACAAGCAGAACCUCUCGUAUCGGCAGACCCCGAUUUUCCAUUCACAAAUUUGUACAAAAAUAUAACAUGGAAGAACCAGCAGUAGGUGGAAAUUAUUAUCAGGCACAAUAUGAUGAUUAUGUACCUGUUAUUCAACGGCAGCUAAGCGGCUAAAUUUCUCGCUUCCACCAAUAAUUACUUAACCGAAAAAUCCAUGACAUUUGCUAGUCUAGUUCUUGGAAUCUCAUUAUUUUUUUUUUAGUUGUUGGUCAGAAUAGAAUGUUAAUAUCUAGAUUAAAUGAUAUUUAACACUUACUUUGUGCCUUGUAAGAUAGUUACUUCGCAAUUUUUUCUAAAAAUAUCGCUGUGGAAGAUACAGAAAUCAAAGUAUUUCGUUAUUAUUGUGCCAGUUCCUAUGCUUAUCUUUCUUCUGUUAGCUUGAAGCCUAGGGUAGUAUUAGCCAAUUUUAUGUGCCCUUUAUGGAUUAUAUUGUUUAUAGUAUUGAUAAAACAUUGAGCUUUUUGUGCCAUUUAAUAAAGGUGAUUUUAUUGUAAAUAUUACUUUCUAACUAAUAGGGUAACAUGGUGCCACAUAAUUUUCAUUUUGCCAAAUUUUACUCAUAGUAAUAACUUACUACUUUUUGUACCUUUUUAUGAGCUGAUGAUUAAAAAUAUUUCAUUCUAUGAA